AUGGAGGUUCAGACUCACACCCUUGACAUUCACGCAUCCCAAUUUCGGAGCUCCGAAUACCCGGACUCCACCUUUCCUCUCUCCCCCGACCAACUCCUACAAUCCCACUCCUUUAAUGCUCCAGAACCCGAAAUUAACACUCAAAAUCACGAAUCACCCAAGCCCCACGCUCCAGGACGCGCGUGCCCUCAGACCAACGCUGCCCUUAGGGUGCAGAAGGUGUACCGGAGUUACCGCACCCGCCGCAGGUUGGCUGAUUCAGCCGUCGUUGCCGAGGAACUCUGGUGGCAAGUGAUUGAUUUUGCGAGGCUAAACCACAGCACCAUUUCGUUCUUCAAUUUGCCUGAGAGUGCUGCGUCUCGGUGGAGUAGGGUCAAACUUAAUGCUUCCAAGGUGGGAAAGGGGUUGUCCUUAGAUGCCAAGGCACAAAAAUUGGCUUUUCAGCAUUGGAUUGAAGCUAUUGAUCCGCGCCACCGCUACGGGCAUAACUUGCAUUAUUACUAUGAAGAAUGGUGCAAAACGGAUUCUGGCCAGCCUUUCUUUUAUUGGUUGGAUUUAGGAAAUGGGAAAAAUCUUGAUCUUGAACAAUGCUCCAGAUCGAAACUCCGAAAACAAUGCAUAAAGUAUCUUGGACCUCAAGAGAGAGAGCACCAUGAAUACAUUGUCAGCGAGGGAAGAAUCAUCCACAAGCAAUCUGGGGAUUUUCUUGAUACAAAAGAAGGUUCUGAGGAUGCCAAGUGGAUAUUUGUAAUGAGCACCUCUAAGAAACUUUAUGCUGGCAAGAAAAAGAAAGGAUUAUUUCAUCAUUCUUCAUUCUUGGCUGGUGGAGCCACUUUAGCUGCUGGAAGGCUGGAGGUUGAGCAUGGCAUUCUUAAGUCAAUCUCUGCAUAUAGUGGACACUACCGGCCAACCGAUGACACACUCAACACCUUCUCAGCAUAUCUCAAGGAAAAUGGUGUCAACCUUGAUGAAGUUGAGAUACGCAAUUCAAAGGAUGACACUGAUGCUUACGACGAUGGAAAGCCUAGUGAAACUUUCACAACAGCAUCUGAAGAUUCUACCAAUACAAAUGUACCUGACCUUGGAAUUUCUGAGGAAUCUGAGAACACCCUAUCAUCAAAUAAUGAAGAACCUCGACCUGGAUCUGUUGGUAGUUAUAAAAGGACUCUAUCAGGUGGUCUUCAGAGCCCAAGGGCUGAGGUACCCAAGACAGCAAUAUUGCAAAGAAUCAAUUCCAAGAAGGCCUCAAAGUCCUAUCAAUUGGGGCAUAAACUUUCACGUAAAUGGUCAACAGGAGCUGGACCUAGAAUUGGGUGUGUUGCUGACUACCCUGUAGAGCUUAGACUACAGGCCUUGGAAAUGCUUAACCUUUCUCCAAAACUUCCUCCUUCUCCUUCUUCAUACAUGAUAAUGGGUGGUCUUGUAUCACCUACGGCUUUAACAGCCCCCAAUGGCACUCAAAUUUACAGUGAUGAGAAUUCUGUUAACUGAUCUUAUGAUUAUGUAUGCUUUAGGUGCUAAGCUAGGUGUGCUUUAGUUAAUAGUUAAUGUAAAACAUAUAUUCUCUAUGUUAUCUCAACUUUU